CUAAGUUUUGAUUCGAUCUCCAGGAUUGUAUCCGAUGAUCGUUGUGCAUACAUGGAGUUUUUUUCGGUCUCCAUUUGUUUUUAUGGUGAUGAUGGUUGCAAAGGGGUCACAGGACAGAUCUCGGCUUGUGAUGAAGAUGAAGAUUUUGUUCUGUUUGACGGAGCCUUGGGAUAUCACAAUUCUCAUGAAACCGUAAAUCCAACGGGGCCUAGACGUAGUUAUCGCGGUGAUCAUUUUUUAAUUAGCGUCGACCUCGAGGAUGGCGAGGGUCGUGAAAUAAGUUGUGGGUGUGUGGGAUAUGAUUUCAGCAACGCACAUAUAGUUUAUAAUAUGCGCAUGUGUUCAAUUAUCCGAGGCAAACAUGGUUUUGCAGCUCUUCAUUACACUAUUUUCAGUGAUGCAAUUCAAAGUAAACUCAAGUUUACAUUAUCUCCUGUUACUUUUUUUACUAAUGUAAAUUAUCAAGUUUAUGGGAAGAUAGUUACAAGUUAUAGCAGCUACAAAUACAGUACACACUAUCAGAAGAAAUACUACCGGAGUAUGGUUUUUAAAAAGGGCAAGGAAGAGGCUGUAAAACUUGGUGUUAUACCGUUGUCAAAAUCAGUGGUUGCUGUGCCACUUAAUGGAAGUAGUUCACUGAUUGUUUCAGCAAAGCUGCAUGUGUUACUUAAUGGUAACCAUAUUGAGACUGUGCAAUAUGUGCAGACAUUUAACCCACGAUGUCCGAAAAGAACACAUUCCAAAAAAUCACGAGAUGAGUCUACGGGUAAAAACUUUCGUUUUCAAGCAUCUAUCAAGUGGACGAAAUUUGAUAUCUAGCUUUUCAUUUGAUCCAGCCCAGAGUAUGAAUUACAAGUUUAAAGAGGCUCUAUGCUAUGUGAUCCUAUUGAUGACGGUGAGAGAUUGAAGAGGAAGCAAAAGACUAAUGUUUAAUUGUCCUUUAAAUUAAUCACAAAAGACUGAUGUUUAAUUGUCCUUUAAAUUUUAGUUGGUUGUUAUCUAUGAUUAGGAUUUGUGUUUUGUUGCUAUCUACCGUUGGAGCUCAGUUUGGUGGAAUAUUCUUUCAUGUCAGAUCCAUUUGAACUAAUUGUGUUUGUGAUUGCUAUUUUAU